CUUAUGUCGACCUCAGGCCUCCGUUCGACAUGGGAAGAGGCCUGGGCCGAAGCGCAGACGAAGUUCCAAGCUGCCAGAGAGGCCCUGACUGUCGCGAACCCGCCAGCACCAAGAGUGCUGCGAGUAGGACAGCUGGAUGCCGAGUUAUUGGACCAGGAGCUGCUACAUGUGCUGCAGGAACCCCUCAAUAGAGCGUUGGCAUUGUUCAAUUCCUCUUUGAAAGCCCGCUUCGAACCGGAACUAGCCCUCAUUAUCCAGUUGACACUGUACAAACUCUCUAUAUGGUCAGACGGAGCGAGCUAUGGCGCCAAACUGCAGAAUUUGCGAUAUCAAGUUCCUACAGCUGGUGGAAGUUCCGUGACUUCCUCUGGCUUACCUCACCGCACCCUUCUCAUGCAUGGCACCCUUACGGUCCUGGUACCGUACCUACAUACCCGCCUUCGCUCCCACGCAUUAUCCAGGGCUUGGCCAGAUGCUCCUGUACGGGAUCGCCGGCGUAGGAUCUGGGAUUACCUCACCCGCAUGGAGUCUCUGCAUAGUUUGUUAGGGUUGCUAAACUUCAUCUUGUUUCUGAAAGAUGGACGGUAUCGAACUUUAGCUGAUAGGCUAUUGCGGAUGGAGCUCGUGCCUUCCCAGCGCUUGACCAGACGUAAUGUCAGCUACGAGUUCAUGAACCGCCAGAUGGUCUGGCAUGCAUUCACGGAGUUCCUCCUGUUCCUCUUGCCGUUGAUCAACGUUCGCGCCUUCCGUCGGCGCGUCAUGCGCGUCGCGUCCCGCAUAAGUAUUUCCUCCAUAAUCCCGUCUCCUGCGCGAAGUGCACUCGGAUUGCCGAAUGAAAAGGAUGAAGAUUACAACAAAAUCAGACGAAAACCGACAGGCAAAUUCCAUGCAUUAGGCGCAGAUCAAUGCGCCAUCUGCGCAGAGAAUGCCUCGUUCAGUCUGGCAACGGGUGACUCAGCAGGCUCCUUUCUAUCUGCCAGUGCGAACAUCAUCGCCACAACAUCUGCCGCGUCAGAGCAGGACCAACAAGACGAAGGCGGCGCACCCAUGUACCCCAUACACACCCCCUAUAUCACAUCCUGCUCGCACGUCUACUGUUACUUCUGUCUCGCGGAGCGAAUGAUUCGCGCAGCAGACAGCGGAGAGGUAUGGGAAUGUCUGAGGUGCGGCGAGCCGGUGCGGUCUGUAGAUCGCUUGACUGCAGGGUCGGACGAGGACGGGCAGGAGAGUGGGCUGGACGACUACGAGUUCAGUGACUUUGGUAGCACUGACUUGUCUGCAUCUGGUUCGAUGGGUAGCUACAGCGAGAGUGGAAUGUCAGAUCACGCCUGAGCAUGACUACCGCUGCUUUCAC